AUGUUCCUAAUGUUAAUGAUUUCCAGAAAUGCUUUCUCUCCUACAAUUACAAAGUUGGUCGCACCCUACCCUAGCUUGGUGUGGCUGCUUAAUCCUGAACAAAGUAAAGUUUAUUACGAAGUUAUAAGAAGCGUUGAUUCAGAUUCUGGACGUGUUUUUUUCUUGGAUGUUCCUGGUGGAAUAGGAAAAACGUUUUUAAUGAAUCUGUUGCUAGCUAGCGUAAGAAUGCACAAAAAAAUAGCGAUUUCUGUGGCUUCAUCUGGAAUAGUAACUACUUUGUUGGAUGGUGGAAAGACCGCUCACUCUGCUUUUAAACUUCCUAUCAACUUAAAUUUUUCUGAAACUCCUUUAUGCAACAUUUCAAAGCAAAGUGAUGCAGCACAUGUACAUAAGGAAUGCAAGUUAAUUGUUAGGGAUGAAGCUAAAAUGGCUCACAAGGGAGGAAUAGAAGCAUUGGACAUCCAGGACAUCAGGAGUAGUAAUCACCUAAUCGGUGGGAUGACCGUUUUACUGGCUGGGGAUUUCAGGCAAACACUACCUGUUGUUCCUCAGGAACUCGUGCUGAUGAAAGCGUACCAAGGCGAUCCUGAGAUAGAGGAUUUUUCCAACUUACUCCUUAAAAUAGGAAAUGGAGAUUUACAUGAAGAUGAUAAUAGGAAAGCGAACAUUCCAAACAAUUUGUGUACAGUCGUCAAGAAUCUAAAAAGUUUGAGUGAGCAAAUAUAUCAGAAUUUAAUUACUUCACAUUCAGAAAACCUGACUUGGCUUAACGAAAGAGCCAUUCUUACACCAAAGAAUGACACUGCAGCUCAUCAACGAUUCCUUAUUGGACUAGCUUCCUACUGA